AUGGCAGCAGUUUAUAUGGAAGGCAAGCCCGGCGGAAACAUCAGAAGAUACUCGAAUGAUGUGGAAGUACGUAGGUUGAGCGCGUGUGGUGGUCGUGGUCCUGGUGGCUACGACGAUGAGGCUGCUGUUGCUGCUGCUGAUGUUCGCCGAUUGGAGAUGCUGAAGAAGUCGAGAGAGGAGGAGAGAAAAAAUAGAGAAGCCGAUUUCUACAGGAAUCAGUUCAUAAGCAAGUCGACAUUUGAAGACACAUUAAACGAAAUGAAUAAACAAAUUAAUAAUAACAUUAACAAUAAUAAUAGAAAUAACAAUAAUAACAAUAAAAAGAACAAUAAUAAUGAUGCCGACUGCAAAGAAGCGAAUGUUUCAAGCCGAAACAAUAAAAUUAAUAAUGACAACAAUACUAAUGGUGAUAAUGAUGAUGAUGACGGUGACGAUGAUGAUGACGGUGGCCACAGUUAUGAUAAUGAUGAUGUCAUAAACUGGACCGAUAAAGCGGUCAACAGCAGCAGCAACAAAAUUGAUGAAAGUCAUCUGACAGACGGUUUCAGUGACGACGACGAUGACGUCACUAACUAUAGUCGUCGUCAUAGCUGCAACAACAACAACAACAACAACAACAAAGAUGAUGACGUAAGACAAUCCUGGGAAUCCCCAUUCAAACCGGAAAAAUGUUGGGGUCUAGAGACUGGAGUCAGCUGUUUGAAGGAGCUCAAUCUUGAAAAUGGUUUGGAAUGCGGCUGA